GAUGGGACGAAGACUACAAACGUAAAAGGAACCCGCCGUUGGUAUAUUUCGGUUGCGAUUAUUUUCAGCUUUCCUUUCUCCUCCAAGGUGCCUUGGCAAGAGUGCAGUGCCCAUUUUUCUUUUGCUCUGCUACAAAAUUGCUUCACGCUGCGUCCAUGGCUGAUUUGCCUCGACUAGUCCAAUCUGGCGUCCAGGUGCCGCUCAUCAACCAUUCUAUCGAUGAUUUCACGCCCCAAGAUUUCAUGGACUACGAGUUCAUGGCCUCGAACUACAUCCACAGCACGGACGAUGUCAAUCCCUCGAAACCUAUCCCUUCUCUCGCCGUCGGGUUCAAAGAUCCCCUCGUUCGCGACUGGUACAAGACCGACAUCGCACGACUUUCCUGUUUAUCACUUCCUUCAUUCAUAGCAGAGAUGCGCGCUACUUUCUUACCCCGUGGAUGGGAUGAAGAUAUCAGGGACUCCAUACUAUCUUCAAAGCAGGGAGAUGGCGAAGCUGUCGCUCUCUGGAUAUCCCGGCUACGUGCUGAGAACACUCUCCUCCGGAAUACUCGCCACCAUUUGAGCAACGACGAUCUCCUCUUGCAUUUCAAGCAAAACUUGAACUCCAUUCUGUCGGCCGCGAAUAGACCUGGCGCGUCGGCGAGGAAAGAGAGUGAUCUUACGAAGUGGAUCUUACAGAUAAAGCGUCUUGAAGCUGACUCUCGACUUGAGAGAGGUCCUCAGAGCAACGUUCAGGACGGAAUUACCUCGCGUCCCUCAUCUCCAGAUCGCUCUCGACACGCGAGCAACUCCAAACACAAACGCUCGCGGUCUCGCGAUUCUGAUUCUCGGCACAACUCCAGAUCCAAACGCGUAUCCUCUCGUUCUCCGUCGCGCGCACAUCGCAGACGACGUCACCACUCUAACGAACGUAACACUGAUCGCCAUUGGGAACCCUCGACUGGGCCUAGUCGGGACCGUGAUUCCCGAGACGAGACUCGUAGUAUCUCGCCUUCUCACGCCAUCUCUAUGCCUACCACCGCCACGGAUGUGAAGUCGGAGAGAUCACCCUCUCCGUUAUCAAUCGCCAUGCCUGGUCCCAUUGUCAACCACCAUGGACUCCCUGUCCUCACUGCCGGUCAGAGGCAGUUCAUCGCCCGAAGCAACGGGUGCUUCAAGUGUCGCAGAAUCAAAGUCAAGCACCAGUCGGAUCAUUGUCCGUUCGGGUACCCGAGUCAGGAUGCGUAUAGAGGAAUUACGCUCGCUGAUGGGGUCACGCUUGCGAGCGAUGCGAAGAAGCUCUCGUCUACUGCAAUGUAGGAUGGGAUAUAUACCUGGGUCUACCUCGCCUUCUAUCCCCCCUAGCGCAUUCAAAAUAUACUCGUUUCUUGACAGAACAAAAUGUGUUAGUACUCAGCUCACCGCUUACUUAUCAUUCCGAGUGAUAUUGCAAUUCGUCAGCGAUGACGCUCAGUGUUUGUAUUUAACAUUCGGACAUUUCAAACACGAUGAUUGGCC